AAACCCCUAGUAUCUCUCAUCGUGUCUUAAGACAUGGAUCAGAAUCCAGACCCGAUGAUAACAGCAACCGCUAAAAGAGAUGUGAGAGCCCUAAACCGUGCGGAACAUGCUCAACAAGCCAAUGAUGUCAAGGACAAGUUACCCAGUGAUCUGAAACAUCACGCAGACCUGGCAAGUGAAAAAGGAGCCUCAUCAUGGCUAUCGGUCAUACCCAUAGGCACACACGGCUUCCAGUUACACAAGGGAGAUUUCAGAGACGCUCUACGUCUGAGAUAUAACUGGCAGCUCAGCAACAUCCCUAAAACAUGCAACUGUGGUGCAAACUUCUCUGUAGAUCACGCCAUGAUUUGCCACAUGGGGGGCUUCCCGACUAUUCGCCACAACGAAAUUCGUGACAUCACAGCCUCACUGCUCACAGAAGUAUGCCAUAAUGUCGCUACAGAGCCACCCCUCCAGCCCCUCACUGGAAAGCUCUUCUCUGCCAGAUCAGUAAACACAAGCAACCAUGCUCGCCCCGAUAUUCGUGCAAGAGGCUUCUGGAACAACCACCAAGAUGCAUUUUUUGAUGUAAGGGUAUUCUACCCUAACGCACCUAGUAACCGUUCCGGAGAUGCCUACAGGAGACACGAGCAAGCAAAAAAGAGGGAAUACGGACAAAGGGUCAGAGAAAUCGAGCGGGGAGUCUUCACACCCUUAGUCCUCUCAACCUGGGGAGGAAUGGGCAAAGAAGCAGCAACUUUCUACAAGAGGCUCGCUGAUCUGUUAUCCUCAAAAAGACAAAAUCCGUACCCAGCAGUAAUGGGAUGGCUCAGAUGCAGGCUAUCCUUUGCAUCGAUCCGCUCUGCAAUAAUGUGCAUUAGAGGAAGCCGUUCAUCGUUGCACAGACCUGUCUACAUGGACAAUAUCAACCUUGUAUCUCAGGAGGGGCGAGUCCCCCCCCCUGAAUACAUAAUUCAUCUAUGAACUACUUAUAUUCGCUUUGUUUUUAUUUUUGACUGCUACAUAAUUACUAUCACUAAACUACCUCCUUCUUUUGUACAAUGUACUUUUUUUCUUAGCCCCGAGAUGGAGAGCUU